AUGAGUUACUUCAACAGCUACUAUGGAGGCUCUGGAGGCUUUGGGGGCCGGGGCUCUGGCUAUGGCUAUGGCUGUGGCAAUUUCCACAGACUGGGCUAUGGUGGCUAUAGAGGCUUUGGCUCUGGCUCUGGCUAUGGAGACUUUGGCUAUGGUUCUGACUGUAGAGGCUUUGGCUAUGGCUCUGGCUAUGGAGGCUUUGGCUAUGGCUACAGCCGUCCACAUUCCUAUGGAGGAUGUGGAUUCUCUUCCAUCUACUGA